AUGUUGCUCAGACGCUGUACAAUCGCCACCGUACAGCAUCUACGAUGGCCUGCUACGAUGAAGCUAACCACAGGAGAUAAUCUACACCUACCGGUGAAAAAUACCCGAUGGCUUCAUCGAACCGGCCUAGUACAAGCGCCAUUCACCAUAGCACCGCUUCCCGAGCGAAAGUUUGUGCGUGUGCAAGGUUCCGAUUCGGUGAGCUUUCUGCAAGGACUGAUGACGAACGAUAUGCGUCACUUUGAACACAGUGGGGCAAUUUAUGCGAUGUUUCUGAAAGCAAAUGGACGCGUCUUUUGUGAUACACUCAUCUACAAACGACCACUGGCAGUGGAGAAGGAGCAGCACGAUUAUCUACUCGAGUGUGAUGCAACGGUGGCACCAAGGUUGGAGAGGCAUUUGAAGCUAUACCGGCUGCGAAAGAAGGUGCAGGUGGGGUUGGACGAAGAAUACCGGGUGUGGGUCGCGUUCAAGGAAGAAAUGGCGAAUGGGGAAGAAGGAGGACCGGCUACAAACAGUCCAUUAUAUACGAUUAAAGAUCCACGAAUGCCAAGGCUCGGAUAUCGGGUGCUCAGUCGUGCGGAUGAAGCCAACAGUAAGGAGCUUUUGAAGAGCGUUUUCCCUGAUGCAGGACCAAUCGUGGACACAUCACAACCAUACACCCGUUUCCGUUAUUCUCUCGGCAUUGGAGAGGGAGAAGAAAAUCUACCAGACGGGAAAUGUUUCCCACUGGAGUGCAACUGCGAUCUGCUGCACGGUGUUAGCUUUCAUAAAGGAUGCUAUAUCGGGCAGGAGCUAACUGCAAGAACGUACCACACAGGUGUGAUAAGAAAAAGGUUGAUGCCGCUCGUGUUUGAAAUUGCGCCUAAUUUGUCCGGUGCAGACCCAGAAACGUUGCGUGAUGCUGAGAUUAAAAAUGGAGAAGGAGCUGUAGUUGGAAAGUUGCGUGGGCUGACCGGCGAUCGUGGAGUGGGAUUGUUGCGAAUCGAGAAGGUUCAACCGGGAGGACAGCUAACGUUGAAUGUGGCGGGUGUAGCUAGUCCCGUUCCGUGCAGCACGGGCAAACCUUCCUGGUGGCCCAAGGAAAUCAACUCACGAGUUUAA